GCUUCUUUAGUCAUACUGGACUUACCAUGUCAUGUGCAAAGAUCGGUUGUACCUGCAUGCUCGGAGAGACGCCGUCCAAGGCCGUGACGGGGUGAAGACCCUUGACAGUUUGCGGGGGCUAGCCUGCGCGACAAUCUCCACCGAAUCUCCGCAAAACGUCCCAUUCCCCUGCACCACCACCAAUUGAACACCAGUCAACAUGUCAGCUUCGAAGUUUCAAACCCUUGGUACCGUCGUCGUCGUCGGCGGAUGCGGGUUCCUGGGUAACCACAUUGUGAGCUACAUCGUCAAGCGCCAUCCCCAGACUCAGAUUGCGGUCCUCGACCUGCGCACCAACUCGAACCGUCAUACGAGCAGCACCGUCUCCUACCACGAUGGCGACAUCACCGACCUCGCGGCUAUGCAGAAGUUUUUCGCUCAAAUUAAGCCGGACGCCGUCAUCCACACAGCAUCUCCCCAUUUCAACCUGCCGCCCGCGAUUCACGACAAGGUCAACGUUGAGGGUACCAAGAACCUGCUGAAGGCGUCGCAAGAUGCGGGCGUCAAGGCUUUUGUAUACACCAGCUCUGCUAGCGUCAUUUUUGGUGGAGCUGCAGAGCUUGUCAACGCAGACGAGAAGUGGCCGUUAGUCACUGGAGAUGCUCAGCCGGAGUACUACACCACCACCAAGGCCUACGCCGAGACAUACGUACUCGAGGCGAACCGCAAGCCAGAGGGCUUCCUCACCUGCGCCAUUCGUCCCGCAGGUAUCUUCGGCGAGGGAGAUGUACAACUGCUUCCUAAGAUGGUCACCGCGUACAAGGAUGGCAAAACCAAGUACCAGGUCGGCGACAACGACAACCUCUUUGACUUCACAUACGUUGAGAACGUGGCCCACGGACACGUCCUUGCGGUCCUUGCUCUCCUCAGCACACACAAAUUCUUGCCAACCGUCCCCAUUGACACGGAGCGCGUCGAUGGUGAGGCUUUCUUCAUCACGAACGGCGAACCAGUCUACUUUUGGGACUUUGCGCGAGCGGUAUGGCACGAGGCUGGCGACCGCCUGCCAUUGAAGUCGGUAUGGCAUUUGGACACUGGGUUUGCCAGCAUGGUUGGCUUCUUCUCAGAGUGGGCUAUGUGGUUGGUGGGCAAGACACCCAACUUGACAAGGGCGCAGGUCAGGUAUAGCACACUGAAGAAGUACCACAGUAUUGCAAAGGCAAGGAACAGGCUCGGCUACCAGCCAAUUGUCAGUCUGGAUGAAGGUGUGAGGAGGGGUGUGAGGUAUAUCAUCGAGCAGGAUGAGAAGGCAGGCCAGAAGAAGGGACAGUAGACGAGAAGGAGUGGAGGUCACGACUCCAUACAGCAUCUCGCAUUGUAG